AUGCCUACGAUCCUCCGCAACCCGUUCCGGAAACAGGACGAGAAUCUGCGACCGAGUCAGCAGGCCAAUGCGAUUGAGCAACGUGUAAACGGGACGGGCAAUGCGAAGACUGUCGAAGUCCCGCAAGAGAAGGAGUCGACGGAGUAUAAACUGAGCGAAAUCAACGACUCGGGCGUCUACCUCCCCCCCUCCCCCACCGAACGCAAAUCCUUCUGGUCCACCACCUCCUCCCGCAGCACCACCUCCACCUCCAACAAGAACAACAAGAACAGCAGUAACCGCCCCAGCCUCCUCCUCAGCAGCGACAAUAACGACCAAUUCAGCAUCUCCCGCGAAUCCUUCGACUCCUACCGCCGCUCCUUCGACAUCAGCGCCCGGAGUCCCGUGAUCAACGCGCUGGAGACUUCGCGGCCGCCGAGGGCGAGUCUGGAUGGGAGGACGUUUUAUCCGCCGCAUCCUCCGCACCCGGCGAGGGCUUCGUUUGAGUUGAGGGGGAGUGGGGGUGGGAAGGGGAAUGGGGGGUUCUUGCAGGCGCCGCCGCCGAGGAGUUCGAAUUCUUUUACCCGGCCGAGCCAGGUUCCGGCUGAGACGAGGGAGGAGGAAGGGGAGCCGAACACCACGAGCAGUAAUUCUGUACCGCAAGAUUUCGAAGACGUGGAUAUAGCGGAUAAAACUCCUCUCGCUGCUGGUGGUACCGGGGGAAAACGCGGGCUCUUUUCACGCAUCACGGGGUAUGGAGAUCAUUCCUCCGAACGACCUAGUAGUAGUAGUAACAAUAGUGGUGGUGCGGAUGGUGGCGCGAAGUCGUGGCAUCAUUUUGGCGGGAGGAGGAGGGGCCAGUCGGGGCAGGGGGCGGAGUUGGGGGCGAUUCCUGUCGGUAAUAACAGAAAGGAGGAUGGGGCUGUUAAGGGGGAGUCUCAGCUUAGGAAGGAAGUCCCGCUUAAGAAAGAGGUGGGUGAUACUACCCCUACUACUACUACUACUACCACUACCACUACUACUACUGCUGGAAAGACCGCUGUCAAUGAGACUCCCCCGAAACCCGUCGUCGUCGGCAAAGCUGAGAAAGCUACGCCCGUCCCAGCUGCGGCCGCCGAGGAGCAAGCUGUCGCGGGCGCGGGCGCGGGCGCAACGAAAGAAGGACUGGGUGAGUCGCCCGUGGAUUCUGGGGUGGAUAUUGAGCAGGGAAUGAGGGAGGUCUCUUUGAAUCAUGCAGCGCCGGAGAUCAAAACGAAGCCUGGUACGGUAUCAUCGAUCGAAGCAAGCCAAAGCGCCGACGCUCUCAGGCCGCAGACUGCUCAGGCGCCGGAGAUUCGAAAGUGA